AUGGCUGUGGUAUUCCUUGUGUGGACCUACAUGGGUGAAGACUUCCACGGUGUCCUGAGCAGAGCCCUCAGCCCCCAGACUGAACCUGAGGCUGGGGAGGGCCUGCGCACUCCGCCCCUGCAGGUCAGUAACAGCCUCAGUUCCUCUCAGACUCUCCUCAUGGAGAACGCCACAGACGCCACAGAGCUGUGGGAGUAUUAUUACGAUUAUGUGGAUCCAGUGACGGUCGACGAGACUAAACUCAGCUUCAACAAAUACCUGAUGGCUAUAAUCUUCUGGAUGGUUCUGUCCGUAUCGGAACAAAAAAUAACAUGGUCCCAAACACACCUCGCUCCUGAUCCUCUGCUCCAGAUGGCUCUGAGGGCAGACUCGGGCCCCUGGGGCCCUGGGGGCCUCUUCUUCCCUGGGGGCUCUCAGUGGUCAGAGCCUGGAUGUGGGUCAGGAACAGCUCAGUGGACGAGGCCCCGCUCCACAGCUCAUGGAUGUUUAAGUCACUCUUUCUGUAAAUGA